AUGUUAAUAAACUAUAAGGCAGAUAUUAAUAAGUGUAAAGAUACUGGAGAAUCACCUCUUUAUAUUGCUUGUCAGAACGGACAUACUGAAGUUGUUCAUAUGCUGAUAAACAAUAAGGCAGACAUUAAUAAGUGUAAAUAUUCUGGAGAGUCACCUCUUUACGUUUCAUGUUCGAAAGGACAUAUUGAAAUAGUAACCAUGUUGAUCAAGAAUAAAGCAAACAUUAAUAAGUGUAGAGAUACUGGAGAAUCACCUCUGUACGUUGCGAGUGGACAAGGGCAUAUCAAAGUAGUGAGGAUGUUAGUAAACAAUAAGGCAGACAUUAAUAAAAGUAAUAACAAGGAAGGAUCACCUCUGUUCGUUGCUUGUCAGGAAGGGCAUACUGAAGUAGUUCAGAUUUUAAUUAACAACGAAGCAGACAUAUAUAAGUGUACAAAUACUGGGGAAUCGCCAAUAUAUAUUUCCUGCUGGAAUGGGUAUACGGAAAUAGUUCAAACUUUAAUGAACAACAAAGCAGACAUUAAUAAGAAAACCGCUGUUUGGGCAUCACCUCUGCACAUUGCUUGUAAUCGAGGAUAUACUGAAAUAGUUCAAAUAUUAAUAGACCAUAAGGCAGAUAUAAAUAGGUGCAAUAAACAGGAUGUAUCACCUCUCUACAUUGCUUGUCAGGAAGGCCAUACUGAAGUUGUUCAGAUUUUGAUAAACAAUAAUGCUGACAUAAAAAAGUGUAAUGAACAAGAAAUAUCACCACUCUUCAUUGCCUGUCAAGUAGGCCAUACUAGAAUAGUGCAGAUGCUUAUAGACAAUAAGCCUGACAUUGAUAAGUGUAAAGAUAGUGGGACAUCUCCUCUUUACAUUGCUUGUCUUCAAGGACAUGCUGAAAUAGUUCAAAUGCUAAUAGACCAUAAGGCAGAUAUAAAUAAGUGUAAUAAUCAGGACAUUUCACCUCUCUACAUUGCUUGUCAGGAAGGCCAUAUUGAAGUUGUUAAGAUGUUAAUACACAGUGAGGCAAAUAUAAAUAAAUGUAGAGAAACUGGAGAGUCACUUCUUUACUUUUCCUGUUGGAAAGGAUAUACUGAAGUUGUUGAUAUGUUAAUAAAAAAAAAAGCAGACAUUAACAAAUGUAGAGCUACUGGAGAAUCACCUCUAUACGUUGCCUGUGGGCAAGGGCAUACCAACGUAGUAACGAUGUUAUUGAACAAUAAGGCAGACAUAAAUAAGUGUAACCAUAAUGAGACUUCGCCUUUGUACAUUGCUUGUCAGGAAGGUCAUUCUGCAGAAGUUCAGAUGUUAAUUAACCAUAAGGCAGAUGUCAAUAAGUGUAGAGAUACUGGAGAAUCCCCUCUGAGCAUUGCUUGUUGGAAAGGACAUACUGAAGUAGUUCAAAUGUUAUUUAACCAUAAGGCAGACAUAUAUAAGUGUUGUGAUAAUGAAAUAUCUCCUUUGUACUAUGCUUGUCAGGGAGGCCGCAAGAAAGUAGUUCAGAUGUUAAUUAAGAAUAAGGCAGACAUCAAUAAGUGUAGGGAUACUGGAGAAUCACCUCUUUAUAUUGUUUGUUGGAAAGGAAAUAUUGAAGUAGUUCAGAUGUUAAUAAACAAUAAGGCAGACACUAAUAAGUGUAAAGAUACUGGAGAAUCACCUCUGUACAUUGCUUGUCAGAAAGGACAUAUUGAAGUAGUUCAGAUGUUACUAAACAAUAAAGCAGACAUUAAUAAGUGUAGAGAAACUGGAGAAUCACUUCUGUUCUUUGCUUGCGGGUUAGGACAUACUGAAAUAGUUCGAAUAUUAAUAGACAAUAAUGUAGACAUAAAUAAGAGUAACGAGAAGGAAGUAUCACCUCUGUUCUUUGCUUGUCACGAAGGACACACUGAAAUAGUUCAUAUGUUAAUAGAUAAUAAUGCAGACAUCAACAAAUGUAUGGUUACUGGAGAAUCGCCUCUAUUUAUUGCAUGUAGCAAAGGAUAUUAUGACGUGGUUCAGGUCUUAAUUAAUAAUAAGGCAGAUUUGGACAUAUGUAACAAGCAAAAAGCAUCACCUCUGUAUAUUGCUUGUCAAAAUGGACGUACUGAAGUAGUUCAGAUGUUAAUUAACAAUAAAGCGGACAUUACCAAAUGUACGGAUACCGGUGAAUCGUCUCUGUUUGUUUCUUGUGAAGUAGGACACAUCGAAAUAGUUCAGAUACUAAUAAACAAUAAGGCAGACAUAAAUAAGUGUAGAAACACUGGAGAGACACCACUGUGCAUUGCUUGUGGGAAAGGACAUACCGAAAUAGUUCAGAUGUUAACUAAAAAGCAGACAUUAAACCAUUGA